UGUCCAGACCCGAUCCACCAAUGGAUCUUGCCCAACUAUAAAAAUGCCCUAUAGUAAGGUUUUCUAAUUGUGACUUCCGUAACAGAAUCCUUAAAUGGCGCCGCUGGAAGCUCUCUUCAAUGACGUAUUCCGUAUACUUUUGUUUUGGGCCAUUAAUUUUCUCAACGAUGAAGCAAGUGAUGAGAUCUUCAUAUUUAGCUUUCAAAGAGAUCUUCUGAAGCAAAUGGGGAGUCCGCAGGUCCUCCAUGAACAGCGGGAAACAAACAGUGUGGCGGACUUACUAGCAAAGGAGGGCACUAAGUUAGGAAGUAACUAUUUUUGGAAGGAAUGGAUAGUUCCGCCUUUGUUUAUUCGGGACCGGUACUAUGCCAAUAAGGAUGGAACUUCUUUUGUACGGCACUAUCAAGAUGCCCCUCUAUGUAUGUACUACUAAUAUCUGUACUAAUGACAUUAGGCCAGAACUUUCUCCGGCUAGCCAUGAGUCGCCUACUUGUACGACCAACUCUAUUUAGCUAAUAUAUUAUA